AUGGUUUCCUACAAACUCACCUACUUCGACGGUCGCGGAACAGCCGAGGUCAUCCGUCAGAUAUUUGCCCUAGCUGGUGAGAAAUACGAGGACGUCCGAAUUUCGCGCGAUGAGUGGCAGAAACUGAAACCGCAAAUGCCAUUUGGCCAGUUGCCAGUGCUUGAGGUUGAUUUGAAAGAAGUGGCGCAAUCACCAGACCAUCAAAAACUGCCUGGCAACGAGAAGACAUGGAAACUGGCACAAUCAUUCGCCAUUGCUCGAUUCCUUGCUAAACAAUUUGGAUUCUCGCCUAAAUGCCCCUUCGAAGAGGCACUUGUCGAUUCGCUCAUGGAUCAGUACAAAGAUUUUAUGAACGAGAUUCGUCCGCUUCUCAUGGUAGUGAUGGGAUUCGCUCAGGGAGAUAUUGACAAGCUCACAAAAGAUGUUUUCGUUCCUGCACGCGAUAAAUUCUUUGGUUUCAUGACAAACUUCUUGAAGAAGAAUGGCAGCGGUUAUCUCGUUGGCAGCUCCAUAACCAUCGCCGACCUUCUUCUGGCGGAAUUUUCCGCUGAAGUAGCCAAGAAAAUUCCCACGCUCUAUGAUGGGUAUCCAGAAAUCAAAGCUCAUGCCGAAAAGGUCCGCUCAAAUCCCGCGCUCAAGAAAUGGAUCGAAACCCGGCCAGAGACUAAAUUCUAAACGUUGUGAUCUUAUUUCUCGAC